UCCUCCAUCGAUUCUGAGUAAGUGGUAACAUGUAGAAAACAUUCUUGUUCGUUCUUAGAUCACUACCGUCACACUGAAAAGAGGAUGGCAUCAUCUGCGUCCGCAAGGUUCUGGAGAGCCUUUUCCUCUUCCUCUCGCUCUCAAUUCCGCUAUGAUAAACGGGCGCAGCCUAAUAAUCUGAAGCUCAAAGAUCCUUUCCUAAGUCGCAUCUGCGAGAAUAACGAUUUUGAAGAAGCCAUUGAUGUUUUAUGUCAACAAAAGCGCGUCAAGGAAGCGGUUGAGUUGCUCCAUCGUAUUCAUCGACCCUCUGCUCGUGUAUACUCUACCCUCAUUGCUGCUUGCGUUCGUCAACGAGCUCUUGAACUGGGUAGGAGGGUCCAUGCUCACACCAAAGCAUCUAACUUUGUUCUUGGGGUUUUCAUUUCUAACCGUUUGCUUGAUAUGUAUUCCAAAUGUGGGAGCCUUGCGGAUGCUCAAAUGCUGUUUGAUGAAAUGGGUGACAGGGAUUUGUGUUCUUGGAAUACUAUGAUAGCUGGUUAUGCUAAACUUGGUCGGCUUGAACAAGCUAGGAAACUGUUUGAUGAAAUGCCUCACAGAGAUAACUUUUCUUGGAAUGCUGCUAUAUCUGGUUAUGUUAGCCAUGAUCGGCCUCUGGAAGCUCUUGAAUUGUUUAGGAUGAUGCAGAAUCAUGAGAGUUCGAAUUCAAAUAAAUUUACUUUGUCCAGUGCUUUGGCUGCUUCUGCUGCCAUUCCUUGCUUGCGUCUUGGGAAGGAAAUUCAUGGUUACUUGAUACGAACUGGGUUGAACUUGGAUGAGGUGGUUUGGAGUGCUCUUUUGGAUUUGUAUGGCAAGUGUGGGAGUUUAGAUGAAGCUAGGGGUAUUUUUUACCAGAUGGUGGAUAAGGAUGUUGUCUCGUGGACUACCAUGAUUCAUAGAUGCUUUGAAGACGGAAGAAGGGAAGAGGGGUUUUCAUUGUUCAGAGAAUUGAUGGGGUCAGGCAUUACACCAAAUGAGUAUACAUUUGCUGGAGUUUUAAAUGCUUGUGCUGAUCAUGCUGCUGAACAGCUGGGAAAGGAGGUUCAUGGGUACAUGAUGAGUGUGGGGUAUGACCCGUGUUCAUUUGCUGCAAGUGCCCUUGUUCAUAUGUACUCCAAGUGUGGGGACAUUACGGUUGCAAGAAGGGUGUUCAACCAGAUGCCUCGGCCAGAUUUGGUAUCAUGGACUUCUCUCAUUGUUGGGUAUGCUCAGAAUGGUCAACCAGACGAGGCCCUUCAUUUCUUUGAAUUAAUACUUCAGUCAGAUACUGAGCCUGAUCAAAUUACCUUCGUUGGGGUUCUUUCUGCAUGCACUCAUGCUGGAUUGGUAGAUAAAGGUUUAGAAUAUUUCCACUCAAUAAAGGAGAAACAUGGAUUGAUGCAUACUUCAGAUCACUAUGCAUGUGUUAUUGAUUUAUUGGCACGAGCUGGCCGAUUCAAAGAGGCAGAGAAUAUCAUUGAUAGCAUGCCCAUAAAGCCUGAUAAAUUCCUUUGGGCAUCCUUACUUGGAGGAUGUAGGAUACAUGGGAACCUUGAACUAGCUAACAGAGCAGCAAAAGCAUUGUUUAAGAUAGAGCCGGAGAAUCCAGCUACCUAUAUCACUCUGGCUAAUAUUUAUGCCAAUGCUGGUAGGUGGGCUGAGGUAGCUAAAGUUAGAAAGGAUAUGGAAAAUAGGGGGAUAGUGAAGAAGCCAGGUAAGAGCUGGAUUGAGAUUAAAAGACAAGUGCAUGUGUUCUUAGUAGGAGAUACAUCCCACCCAAAAACAAGUGAUAUACACAAAUUCUUGGGAGAACUCUCACAAAAAAUGAAGGAAGAAGGCUAUGUUCCAGACACAAACUUUGUGCUACAUGAUGUAGAGGAGGAGCAGAAAGAGCAGAACCUUGUUUACCACAGUGAGAAGCUUGCUGUUGCCUUUGGAAUCAUUUCAACUCCACCAGGAACUCCAAUCAAGGUUUUUAAAAAUUUAAGAACUUGUGUAGACUGUCACACCGCCAUCAAAUAUAUAUCAAAAAUUGUUCAGAGAAAAAUAAUAGUGAGAGAUUCUAAUAGGUUUCAUUGUUUUGAGAAUGGGAGCUGCUCAUGCAAAGACUAUUGGUAACAGUACUCCAUAUCAACAGGCUUGUGAAGCAUUGAGUGCAUUGCCAUUCCAACCCAUGAUUUUUGGGAGAAAACAUGGCCCAAGGUGUAAUUUAAUUCUUGCAGGUUCAUCAUGCUCGGCGAUUCUAUGAAAAUUUAGUUCCAAGUUACACAGUAUAUGAGGUUGAAUGCCCAGACCAUUCAUUUCGUAAAUUCACUGAUGAUGGU